GCCGCCGGCCGACGAGGAGAGGCCAGGAUGUUCUUCCACAUCGUCCUGGAGCGGAACAUGCAGCUGCACCCGCGCCACUUCGGCCCGCACCUCCGCGACAAGCUCGUCGCCAAGCUCAUGAAGGACGUCGAGGGCACCUGCAGCGGGCGGCACGGGUUCGUGGUGGCGAUCACGGGGGUGGAGGAGGUCGGGAAGGGGCUCAUCCGGGAGGGCACGGGCUUCGUCACCUUCCCCGUCAAGUACCAGUGCGUCGUCUUCCGCCCCUUCAAGGGCGAGAUCCUCGAGGCCGUCGUCACCAUGGUCAACAAGAUGGGGUUCUUCGCGGAGGCUGGGCCUGUGCAGAUCUUUGUGUCAAAUCAUCUGAUUCCUGACGAUAUGGAGUUCCAAUCUGGUGAUGUGCCAAACUACACAACUUCUGAUGGAUCGGUGAAAAUUCAAAAAGAAAGUGAGGUUCGUUUGAAGAUCAUAGGCACCCGUGUUGAUGCGACAGAAAUUUUUUGCAUCGGCACGAUAAAAGAUGACUAUCUGGGUAUUAUCAGUGAUCCUGGUGCAGCAUCGUAAAUGAUCCAGACAAGACUGCAGCCUUAUGAUACUCUUCAACUUCGACAUCCUGAUGCAUUGUAACGUGAAGAAAGACUGCAAUAGAAAUGGGUCAUGUAUUAUCAUAACUAGGAUCUUUAACUGUAGUCAAUGAGCCACAGCAGUGGUUAAUUAUUGGGAUUGAAGCAGCUGUCUGAACCUUCUGAUAAGAUUGCACAACUAUGUGUUACCAAACCACUUAUCUUACUGCAUCCGAUGAUGGUAAGACUGCAAGAGAAAUGGGCCCUGUAUUAU